UUAAGAUUAACUCCUCAAGAAAUAUUUAUUGCUUCAUACAUGCUUGAUCUAAUCUCAGAUUUUUGUCCUGUCUGAAUAUGGGGGAGACUAUCAUAGUAAAUUAAGAUGUGGUAUCUACUACUUUGUAGAUACUUAAAAAUAAGGGGUUCUUCUCCCCCAUUUGGAUAAUUAAACUCUAGUCCUUUGUGAAAUCCAGAGCUAGACAGUUCCUUAAAAUCUGUCUUAACUCCCAAAUUUCAGAGGUAAUUCCACAUUGAUUGAAAUGGAGGAGGUUGUGAAGGACUUGAAUUGGCUUGGAAUAAGAGCUUUUACUCGGGUGUUUACCUUUGGUCCUACAUUCCGAGCUGAGAACUCUCAGAGCCGAAGACACCUAGCAGAGUUUUAUAUGGUAGAAGCAGAGAUUUCUUUUGUUGAGAGCCUUCAAGAUCUCAUGCAGGUUAUGGAGGGACUCUUCAAGUCUACAACAAUGAUGGUUCUCUCAAAUUGUCCCAAAGAUGUUGAACUCUGUCACAAGUUCAUAGCUCCUGGACACAAGGACAGAUUAGAACAUAUGCUUAAAAACAACUUCUUAACCAUUUCUUAUACGGAGGCAGUAGAGAUCUUAAAGCAAGCAUCCGAAAACUUCACCUUCACUCCUGAGUGGGGUGUUGAUCUACAAACUGAGCAUGAGAAGUACCUGGUGAAGCACUGCGGCAACAUACCAGUCUUUGUCAUUAACUAUCCAUUGGCACUCAAGCCUUUCUACAUGAGGGACAAUGAAGAUGGCCCUCACCACACGGUUGCUGCUGUUGAUCUUUUGGUUCCUGGAGUCGGGGAGCUCAUUGGAGGCAGCCUCAGGGAAGAGCGAUAUCACUUCUUAGAGCAGAGACUGGCCAGAUCAGGACUUACAGAAGCCUACCAAUGGUAUCUGGAUCUUCGUCGAUUUGGAUCUGUGCCACAUGGAGGUUUUGGGAUGGGAUUUGAACGCUAUUUACAGUGCAUCUUGGGAGUUGACAAUAUCAAAGAUGUUAUCCCUUUUCCAAGAUUUACUCAUUCAUGUCUUUUAUAACUGAAAGGUUGGUGAAGGAAAAGUACCCUAUGCAGAGGCACUCCACAUGAAUUUGCACACAGAAGAGUGCAGUGUUUAAAUUAUAGAAGUAUAGAUUUCAAUAUGUAAUUGUGUAUGCUGUAAGAUACAACAUAUGAGAAAUAGAAAUGAUGAUCUUUGUUUUUAGAAACCCAAAGGCAUUUCAUGGAAAGAUUAACUCCCUCAAGAAGUGGUACUUAAAGCAAGUGGACUUUCUAUUACCUCAAUGAAGAAAAAAAGAAGUAACUGGGCUUUUAGUCACAGGUGCUCAGGAAACUGGGGCCUAAGAAUUGCUUGAGCGCAGGAGUUUGAGGCCAGCUUGGACAAAAAAGAAGAAGAAGAAAUGAAGACACUGAACCAAAUGGUUGCAAAGGUCCUCUCAAACUCUGAGACAAGAUAAGAUAGUGUAUUUUACUUUGUCUUUAAUCACUUCCCUGUGUAGCUUUUCAGAAAUGCCUAGCAACUAAAAAUAAA